GCAUUAAUUCUAGUACAUUCCAAUGACUUCACAUCCCAACUAACACUACAAUAAUUGGAAGAAGUCAGGAGAAUACCUUUGCUAUUAUAUUAUAUGUUAGAUGAGACAAACGAGGGCUUAAUUUAUUAUUAGCCACUCAUGAGAUUCUAAUAAUAGUCCACAAAUAAUUGAGCAAUAUGCAGCUAUUGUAGCUAUAUACUUCAAAGCUUGGGAAGAAAUACUAAGAAGUUUUCUCUGUCUCCCAGUGUUUUGGCAUUUUAUCCACAGAAGAGAUCACUAUGGCCGCUGAAGAAAUUCUGGAGCUCUUUGAUUCUUAUUGGUUUGAACAUGGAAUAUUUACUAGCAAACAUUGCUUAGCAUCUUCAACUAGCAAGCCUAUUCAUGAUCAAGAAGAUCAUGAGCUUGAAAAAUCAAAGCUUGCGGGCAUAGUAAACCUUCAAGUUCGUUCUCUAAGUGAUCACUGUGUCAGCUAUAAUACAGGCUUCAGCCCAGAUGCUGCAUCUCCUAAGUCAGCGAUUUCCACAGCAACACUACCAAAGAUACUCUCUGGAGUAGAAGUGAGUGAUUUCUCUGAAAGGAUUGAAGAGCAAGAAGAGAUUGAAACCACAACCACGAAAAAAUUCAGUAACAAGAGGAGAAGGAGUAGAGGUAAUAGCAGAAGCUUAUCAGAAUUAGAGUAUGAGGAGCUAAAAGGGUUCAUGGACUUGGGAUUUGUGUUCACAGAGGAAGAUAAGAGCUCAAGCUUGGCUUCAAUCAUACCGGGAUUGCAGAGAUGGGGAAAGCAAGGCAGCAAUGAACUAGUCCACGACAAGUAUGCAGUUUCAAGGCCUUAUCUUUCUGAAGCAUGGGGUGUUCUGAAUCAGAGGAAGGUAAAUAAACUACAAGUACGCUGGAGAUUUCCUGCUGUGGACAAUGAAAUCAACAUGAAAGACCAACUUAAAGCUUGGGCACAGACUGUUGCGUCAACUGUUAGAUAAGACAUGUUUCUUUGGAUCUUUUUCCACUUACAUUUGCUCUUGUCCAUUGGUUA